ACUCCGAUAUCUUCUAUUUAGCAGCAUGUCACAACAAUCGUUACUAGUGUAAUACAUAUAUUUUUUUUAUUUUACCAAGUUAAUUCAAACUAUAACAAUUUUGAUUCUGUUGUCAAUAUCUUCUCUUGAAGUCUGGCUUGGAAUUGAUUUAGUUAUUCGCUUAUGUCAUCAGAUAUUUAAGAUGCAUCUAUCAGCGCUCUGUUUCACAGCAACGGCAUUGUUUUUUGUCAUUCAGGCCAAAGGGUCGUGUGACGUAGAUGAGGGAACACCAACUGUGUGGUUGGGUGAUGAGGAAGAUAUCAACAAAUGCAAAGCAGAUGAGACGUCUUGUGGCCUGUUCGGUCUAGACUUCAUCUGUGAGGAUCCAAACGGUGGAGAGUUUGAACCAUGUACAGAUGGAACAAAAGUCCUAUGCGCUUCUCCACCACCCAUCCCUCUCGCUCCUCCUACCCCAGUCUCAACAUUCCGUGUCAUAGCAUACAACGUCUGGGAGCUAAGAUACCUCUACUACCAGAAUGGUCAACGGGAACGUACUUGUCGCAUCCCUCGUGAGGUUGUUCAAAUGCAUCCCGAUGUUGAUGUGAUUGUCUUCAACGAGGCAUUCAUGGGAGGAUGUUUCUCUGAGUUCAAUUCUACCAUUGGAGCCAGCAUACUCACAUUUCGAGAUAUUCUGACUCAAUAUGGCUUCAUCUACUACACUAAUACUGUUGGUGAUCCACCACGGAUACCCAAACUAGAAAAUGGUGGUGUAUUUAUAGCCUCUCGUUGGCCUAUCAUCAAGGAAGAUAACUGUAUCUACACCGAUUCAGUCAUGGCAACGGCUGACGCAAUAUCUGGAAAAGGUGCUGUUUAUGCUAAAGUUGAGAAAACUGUUGACGGUACUAGCAUGACUUACCACAUUCUGGGAACACAUUUACAAGCAACAUCGCGUCCUACAGCAGAUAUCGUCCGUGUCUCGCAGGCAGAGGAAAUGCAUGAAUUGAUGAUGAAACAGAAUAUUCCCGAUGAUGAGCCAGUCAUCUACGCAGGGGAUCUGAAUGCCCGAAAUGGAACGCGACAUGGUAAUAAUGUUAUGCAAGCCCUUGAUGCAGCCAUUCCAAACUUUAUCGGAGAUCGAAUUUACACUUAUGAUGGACCUGAAAACGAUCUCCUUGUUUCAAACGGCACAUCUUGGAUCGACUAUGCCGUAUUUAGUAAAUCUCACCUUCAACCAAGCAGCUCUACCUUAGAAGUGGUUCGACCCAGAUCUCAAGAACCGUUUGAUGUCUGCAUGUUAUCAUUAGCAGUAGUACCAACUUAUGCCAACUCUGAGAGGUGUCUCCUCAACAUGACGGUUACAGAUCUAGCAGACCACUACGCUGUUAUGGGUGUCUUUGAUUUUGGUAGCACUACGACAUUACCUCCGAUGAUUGUGACUUCACAGCCUGUAGACCUGCUAACAACCGACUCUGGUACUGAUGCUAUGACAACCAGCAUAAUUCUUUCUCUGAUACUUCCUUUAGGGUUUGCCUUUGCCUUGAGCCAAUAAAGAAUUAUUCUGAUGAACACAUUACCUCAUGCAUCUUUAAGGCUACAAUAAGUGAGGUUGCUGUUCAGGGGGCGGCGAUCCUGGGGGCGGGGGCGGGGACACAGUGCCUCCCACUUUUUGAAGCCAUAAAAAGUGCCCGUUUUAAUGCAAGAAAAAAGCCUCCUCACGAACGUAUAAUGUGCCCCUUUCACAAAGUUUCACCUAAGGAGGACCCGUUUUAAGUGUUACCAAGUGCCCUUUCUCGUAUAAGUGUCAACUUUUACAUUAAAAAAUGCCCCCUCACGAACGUGUUCACUGCCUUUUUCACCUGAGGACACGUUUUAUGUGUGAGCAAGUGCCCCCUUGCCUUCUAGUAAGUGACCUUUCCCGAAUCAUUGCCCCUUUUUACUCAAGAAUAGUGCCCCUCACAAACGUGUUCUGUGCCCCUGUCACCUGAGGACCCGUUUAAUGCCGUUAGCAAGUGCCCCUUUGCCUUCUGAUAGGUGCCUUUUCUUGUAUCAGUGACCCUUUUCUACCUAAGAAAGGUACUCCUCACAGACAUGUUCUGUGCCCCUUUCACCUGAGAAGGACCCGUUUUAUGUGUUCACGAAUGCCCCUUUGAAACCAGAAAAGAAUAUUUCCAUUUUUAUAUGUUACUUCUUAUGAAGGAAAAAUUGUAAGAGUAAUCCUAAUCUAUCACAAAACUGGAUUUUCAUUAUAAAAGUGUUAAAAUUUUCGCUCGCUCGCAACUUCUUAUUAAUUGUAUGUGAUGUGACAUAUCUAGCCCCCCCCCCCUCAAAAUUUUGGCCCCAUUACGCCACUGUAGAUGAGUCUUUUUUUCCCUUUGUUUUAAGAUAGUGCCAUUUUUUCCUUGUGCCCCCCCCCCACUUUCAGCUUCGGUCCGCCGCCCCUGUUGCUGUUAGUAUUAUUUCAGACAUAUUUGAGAAAUUGCGCCACAACAAAGCGAGAGGUAUAAAAAAAAAAAUCAAAUAAAGUGGCCACAGGAGUUUGGUGUUAUUGUGACAUGAUAAUAUGUAUAAAACGAAGUUCGCAUUUUCAGACAUGAAUACAUAGGCAAUCAGUCAUGUAAUUCAAUUAAUAAUAUCAUGGAACAAUCUAUGCUCAUCUUUUUCCCCCCAAUUUUCGAGUAAAGCUAAUACAAUGUAAAGUCCGCAAUUAUGUUAGCAAAUGAAAACUUCGCAAUAUUCUCCUGAUGCUGUUAGUGUUUUCAAUUUUUUCUGAUGCUUACUGAUAUAGACAUGAUAGAUGUAUUAUGUUCAUGUGUAAUAAAUAUGAAACGUCUUUAAUGUAUUACUUGUGCAUAUUACCAGCCAUUGAAAUUGUUGGUCGGAAUAAAAAAAUUGUGCAAAUUAAAUUGCUUAGUACUGUUGUUUAAUAUUCAUUGCAAAUAAAAGUUUAAACAACAAGAUGACUUGAUACCAAUAAAAUUCGUAAUAUAAACAAAAUCAACAUUG